AUGAUUGAGGUAAGCAGUUUGGAGCAACUGUUGUCUUUUAUUCAGAGGGAAGCCAUUCUCGUAGUUAAGUUCUAUGCUGAUUGGUGCGGGCCAUGCAAGCAGAUAGAGGGGCAGUAUAACGUGUUGAGUCAAGUGUUCACAGCGGUAACAUUUUGCACGUGCAAUAUUGACCGCAAUCGAGCCUGCGCGGAGCGUUUUCAGGUGCAAAGUAUACCAACAUUCAUAAUUUGGUACCGUGGGCGUGUGGAAACGACAAUCCGUGGAGGAGAUUUACCCCAAGUGGAAAGAGUAAUUGUCGAUUUGACCAGACAACAGCAGCAUGGUGAAGUGGCGAUUGCUUCGGCGUCACGGGAGCAAUCUGCAUCACGCCCAAUCCACGAGAUUUUGCUGGCGAAGAUGAAUCAACUGGCGCAGACCAUCAAGACCACCCCCGCAAACAAGGGUGCUGAACAAGGUGCUUGCGAAGCAGUUUAUGCUCUUCUCGAAGCCGGCUGUGAGCAACAACCGUUCGGUGCUUUGUUGCUUCCCUACUUUGCUUGUGAGGGAUUCAGUGCGGUUGCUGUGGAUGCCCUGUUUGCUUACAUUUCUUCCAAGGGUGAGCCAUAUUCCAAAGGCAUUCAAAUAAUUGUCAAUAGAAUGAUGACCCAAUUGAUUGAAUUUUUCCUGGCUUCGACCUUGGACCAGACUCGCGAACUAUGUAUGAUGCAGCGGGCAGUGUAUUCUAUGGUGACAUGCCGUUCGGUUCUGCCUAUAUUUGUUCAUUCACACCUCUUUUACAGCGAUUCUUUUACUGAUGGCUUACAACUUGAGUAUGGGACUAUCUUAGGUGCCAUACUCGGUGUGGGUGUGUUUAGUCGCGCAUCCCGCCCGCUUCCACCACUCUUGCGCAUGGUUGAGUGGAGGGGCUAUAUGGACAUGUUUCCUACAGAGUCGGAAGACCACUCUCAAAAAAUAUCGGACCUGCAGAGCAGCAUGGAAACUGCAUGUGAUGCGAACAAACGUAUAGUCCUGGUGCUGCUCCAAAAUAAACUGUCCCGUUUUCACACAUUGCGGUUCAUGGGGUCGGCCCUACGUCUCAACGCCGGGUACACCAGGACCAUGCACCAUGAUUUGCCUCUUUCCUCACGGUUCUUUAUGUGCCAACUGAAUGAUGUGUUAAUGGAGGCUGCGCUUCCUGUGUUCACGAAGGGAUGUGAUGCGUCAUCUAUUCCACCUGCUUAUCUUUUGGAAGAUCCGGGUGAGGAAACGGUCGUGGACUUUGGGGAAAGUGUAGAGCGCAUCACCCAUUAUGAUGAAAACCGACCGCUUCCUUCCUUUCCAUCACUUCAAGAACCCUUCAAACCUACUGUGCAUCUCUUUUUCCUUGCGGCUCGCUCAAUGAUGCUUAGCGUGUCAGUUCUCAUCGAGUUGCAUGAACGAGUUGAACAUGAAUCAUCACGACCGAACACCUCAACUCAACAACGUGCCUUGUGUAUUGUGGAAAAGUCGCUCGUUGAAGGGCUGAUUGGCUCCCACAGUCUUGGUCAGAAACGUGUGCGUUUGUUGAACGGAAUUGCUGGGUGGCUUGUAAAAGUUAUGGGCACGCUGGAGGAUGGAACUCUUUUACCUGAGCCACCUGAGACCUGGAAGUAUUUACCACAGCAGUUAGUGGAAGUAGUCAUUCGUGGCAUGCAGCUUGCUCCACUAGACUAUCCCGACGUGGAAAAUGUUAUCUCACUUAUGCUUGUUUUGAUGGGGAACACAGUAUACUUUCCUAAACCCCAUACACAUGCGCUUUUUCCAGACUUUCUUCUGCGGCUUUUGCGAAAUGAGGAUACGCAGCAAGCCUUAAUGGCACACCGAUGGUUUUCCCAGAAUAUCGUACGCAGUUGUGUUUUAUGCUAUAUUGCGGUGGAGAAGUCCACCUACGAGAAAGUAUCGGUGCGUUACACACUUUCACGGUGCACGAAAUCAUUUCUUUUGCACGAAUCCUUGUGUCAACCUGUACGUGCAGAGUUUGAAGCAGGCGGGACGCUUUUGGAACGCUUUUCGCACAUGGUCACUGCUGAGGUUAACGACGCAGUGGAUCAACUGAUUGGCACAUUAACGCAAAUGAACCGUCUCGUGCGUGAGGGUGCCGAUCUCAGCGAAAAUCCCAAUCCUCAUCGCGGUGAUGGUGGAGGGAACGAUGGCACUGCAGGUCGUGCCGCGACUGUUAAUCGUGGAACUCAUAGGAAUACGGAAAAUGAGGAAGAAAGUGAAGAUGAAACUGAGGGCUCACCUCAGUCUUACCAUCAGCUUGGUCUGGGGUUAAAGCAGCGGAUUCUUCUCUUUGAAGGUAGUGUGGACCUGUUCAUUCAGUUGGCAUCGAGUUUCCCCAAAGGCGUUGCCCAGAACAUGGUGGCGCAGCAAAUUAGCCAGAUGUUGGCGCGAAGUCUUACUAGUUUUGUUGGAGCGGACAGUAAAAAACUGAAGAUCGAGCAUCCGGAGCGCUACGGUUUCCGACCUCGUGAAAUACUUGGACGUAUUGUUGAGUGUUUGGUACAGUUCGUUCGCUUAGAGAACUUCCUGCGAUGUCUGUGUAACUGUGGUGUGCCGCAAAAGGAUAUCCUCCAGGCGAUGAAGGUAAUUUCAGAACGCGGACUAGUUGGUGAGCAUCUUGUGUGGAAAUUGAAUGAGAUCGCUUCUUCCCUCCAAGCCAUGUCGGCACGGGUACGUGAAGAGGAAGCCCUAUGGGAUGAAGCGCCGGAGUUUGCUCUCGACGCCUUACUUUCCACGCCGUUGCUUCGUCCCAUAGCUCUGCCUUCUGAUGUAAAGGAUUUGGACGAUCUUGUGUAUACAAAUGAGGACACUCUUCAUCACCUUUUGUUGUCGGAAAGCAAACACCCGUUUACUAAAGAGUAUCUGGAUGAAGAGAUGGUGAAGGAGUUCAACGCACGUGAGGACGUUAUGCAGGCGAGGGAGCGACUUCAAAACCGCAUAGCCGAAUGGUUGAGGAACGCGAAGGCGCACCGUGAAUGA